AUGGCGACGGAGCGGAGCGGACAGGGGUGCCUUCUAACUUUCAUCGUCUUCCUCUGGAGCUCUGUCGGCGGGCGAACAGAGACGCCGAGACCCGGCUCGAGCAGUCAGAUCCUGGGCAUGCGGCUGGAGAGGAGCGAGAAGCCGGCAAGCACGACGGAGGACGGGCUCAUUCAGGUAACGGAGGAGAGCAGCUUGUUGCUCCGGUUUUAUGGGGUACAUCUGAGCCCGGACGCAGCAUCCCACAUCAGGUUCACGGAGGACGUGGAUACGGGUGACAGUGAUGCAGUAAACAGGACUUGUGAGGAUUUCACCAAAGACUUCAGCAUCAGCAGUUAUAUGAAUGUGAGCAGCAGAGGCACAUCAGGGUUGGUGAGUGUGCAUAUAAAGGCACUGCGUAAAAGUGAACGAGAAAAGACCUACAGCCUCUGUGUCAGGCAGGGUUUGGAUGAUAAAUGGGUUAUUUUGGGUGAUAAUGAUGGUAGGUUGAUAGUUGUGGAGGAGAAAGCUUCUCUUCUUCCCCUUUGGCUUCAGAUGAUACUGGUGUCAUGUUUACUGAUGUUGUCAGGCAUGUUCAGUGGACUCAACCUGGGGCUCAUGGCUUUGGACCCAAUGGAGCUUCGCAUUGUGCAAAGUUGUGGCACCAAUAAGGAGAAGAAGUAUGCGCGUAAAAUUGAACCCAUUCGGAGCAAGGGCAACUAUUUGCUUUGCUCUUUAUUGCUUGGAAAUGUUUUGGUGAACACUACGUUGACAAUCCUACUAGAUGAUUUGAUUGGGUCUGGCUUGGGUGCCGUGGUGGCAUCAACGGUUGGCAUUGUCAUAUUUGGUGAAAUUGUGCCACAAGCGCUUUGCUCUCGCCACGGUUUGGCCGUGGGCGCCAACACCAUUGUAUUAACCAAGUUCUUCAUGAUGCUUACAUUUCCAUUGUCCUUUCCAAUCAGCAAGCUCCUGGACUGUGUCCUUGGGCAGGAGAUUGGCACCGUGUACAACCGUGAGAAGUUGGUGGAGAUGCUGAAAGUCACCGAGCCCUACAACGACCUGGUCAAGGAAGAGAUGAACAUCAUACAAGGUGCUUUAGAACUUAGAACCAAAACGGUUGAGGACGUAAUGACGCCUCUGAGGAACUGCUUCAUGAUUCACAUCGAUGCGGUGCUGGACUUCAACACCAUGACUGAGAUCAUGGAAAGUGGCUACACGAGGAUACCCGUGUACGACGCAGAACGCUCCAACAUCGUAGACGUACUGUAUGUUAAGGACUUAGCCUUCGUUGACCCAGAUGACUGCACGACACUCAAAACGGUCACCAAGUUCUACAACCACCCGGUUCAUUUUGUCUUCCAUGACACCAAGUUGGAUGCCAUGCUGGAGGAGUUUAAGAAAGGUAAAUCCCACCUGGCAAUCGUUCAGAAGGUAAAUAAUGAAGGAGAAGGAGAUCCGUUCUAUGAGGUUCUGGGGCUGGUCACGCUGGAAGAUGUUAUUGAGGAGAUCAUCAAAUCUGAGAUCCUAGACGAGUCUGAUCUCUAUACUGACAAUCGUAACAGAAAGAAAGUGGAUCCCAACAAGAACAAGAGGGACUUCUCUGCUUUUAAACAUGAGAGGGAAUCCAAGGUGAAGAUCUCUCCUCAGCUAAUGCUUGUUGCACACCGAUUCCUCGCCACAGAGGUGAGUGUCUUCAGUCCACUCCAGAUCUCAGAUAAGGUGCUUCUGCGAAUCCUCAAACAUCCAGAUGUCAUUCAGGAUGUAAAGUUCAAUGAGAACAACAAGCACGCACAACAGCACUACUUGUAUCAGCGUGGAAAACCUGUCGACUAUUUCGUCCUAAUCCUUCAGGGUCGAGUGGAAGUAGAGGCCGGAAAUGAGAAUAUGAAGUUUGAAACGGGCCCUUUUUCUUAUUACGGAGUCAUGGCUCUAACUUCUCAAUCGCUGGCUGUCACCCCCCCUCUCUCUCCUACCGUGAUGUCGCCUCGUCCGCAGCGACUUUCGCUUAAGAGGUUUUCUCUGUUCACUCGCUUUCCAGAGUUUCGAUCACCAUCACAUAUGAGCGGUUUGAAUCGCUCGGCGUCUCUGAGCUGCACAGAGAGAGUUGAGUCUAUGUCUAUCAGUGGCAGUAACAGUCAGCUCAGCCCGUCUUCACAGUACACCCCUGAUUUUAAUGUGAGGGCCCUCACUGACCUACAGUACGUGAAGGUCUCUCGCUCACAGUACCAAAACGGACUUCUGGCGUCUAAGCUGGACAGCACCCCACAGUCCCCUGAAAGCAGCCAUAUGCGACUGGAUCCCGCUCCCCUGCCACCUUCCACUCCACCCAUCACCUCCAUUGGAAACCACACCACAGCGCCAGCGGCCUUAAAAGAGAACAGACCCGAUGAGACCACCACGCUGCUCAAUGACAAGAACAGCCUCCCCACACGCCGCCCCAGCCACAACCACCCUCAGAAUCAGUCGCACCUGAACACCAACGUCAACUCUAACUCUAGCCCUAACAAUCACCCAAAACCUCAUCAUCCCCACGGCAACAGCAGUCCAACGUCACUCCCCAACCCCCAUCCGAACGCUAACGUCCAUACAAUCUCACGCACACACGCUCACACUGAGAGCACCAUUUGACGAAACUAAUCUGGGGCCCUGUCGCACAGAGCUCCAGAUUUGACCAAAUGAAAUUGCGCGCGCGCACACACACGCACAUCAACGCACAAACAUGUAUGAAGUUGAACAUGUUGAUGUGCUGGCAUGGACCCUUUCUCA